AUGGAGGAGAAGCACAAGGUGGAUGAGAGUGCCAAAGACACACAAUCAACCUCCUACCAGCGGAGGAUGUGGAGGAAUUUCCAGGAGAAAACCAAACCGUUUUUAAGCCCCAAACUGGGCUCCGACCGACGCAGCGGGGAUGGUAAAAAAGAGAGUGGCUUGUGGAUGUUUAAAAGAAAGAAAUCACAGGUCCUGGAUCGGGUCUUCUCGUCCUCACAGCCCAAUCUGUGCUGCUCAACUCCACCGUCUUUCGGCAGCGACCAGCCGGACUCGAGCGCCGGUAAAGGGCUCGGGACAUCACCGCUGGCCGCUGCUGAUGGAGCAUCAGUCAGUAAACCGGAGAUUUCCGUAUCCGCGCACGGAAGCCCGAAGCUGUUCGUGUCUCAUGUGGCGAUGAUGUCCCAGCAGAAGAGCUCGUCCUUGGGCUCGACGUGCUUUGAGAAGCUGGUUGUGGAUUCAGCGGCAUCCAGUGAGGAUGAGCUCGCUAAAAACGCCAGUGAUCUGGGCAUCAACAUUGUGGAGCCAAGUAAUGAAGGACUUCGUCCCCCAUCAAAGCCAGGAAUGUAUCAAUUGGAUAUCGUGCUGAAGAAGGGCAAUAAACUGGCCAUCAGGGACAGAGGAGGCACCAGUGACCCCUAUGUGAAGUUUAAGAUCGCAGGGAAGGAGGUGUUCCGCAGCAAGACAAUACACAAGAACCUGAACCCGGUAUGGGAUGAGAAAGUCAGUCUGCUGGUGGAGAGUUUGAGAGAGCCUCUCUAUAUGAAGGUUUUUGACUAUGACUUUGGGCUGCAGGAUGACUUUAUGGGUUCUACAUAUCUCUAUUUAGAGUCCCUGGAGCACCAAAGGACACUGGAUGUGAGCCUUGACCUCAAAGAUCCCCACUAUCCCAACCAUGACCUGGGUUCACUUGAACUGGCGGUCACGCUUAUUCCAAAAGAGGGAGACUUCAGGGAAGCAACCAUGCUUAUGAGAAGGAGCUGGAAACGAUCCAGUAAGCAUCAGAGCCUGAGGUUAUCAGAUGUUCACAGGAAAGCGCAGCUAUGGAGAGGCAUCAUCAGCAUCAGUCUUAUAGAGGGUCAUGACCUCCAGCCUAUGGAUGCCAAUGGCCUCAGUGACCCUUAUGUCAAAUUCAGAAUGGGACAUCAAAAGUACAAAAGUAAGACAAUUCCAAAAACACUAAACCCACAGUGGAGAGAACAGUUUGACUUCCACCUAUAUGAUGAACAGGGUGGUUUUGUAGACAUUACUGUCUGGGACAAAGAUGCAGGAAAGAGGGAUGACUUUAUGGGCAGGUGCCAGGUGGACCUCUCUGUUCUCUCAAAGGAGUGCACACACAGACUGGAACUGCCUCUGGAGGAGGGUGAGGGCAUACUGGUGCUGCUGGUCACCCUCACAGCCUCUACUGCUGUCUCCAUCGCUGACCUGUCUGUCAUGCUCGACGACCCCAAUGAGAGGAAGGAGAUUUUACAUAGAUAUAGUCUACUCAGAUCCUUUCACAAUAUUAAAGACGUGGGCAUGGUGCAGGUGAAGGUGAUCCGGGCAGAGGGACUGAUGGCAGCUGAUGUUACAGGCAAGAGUGACCCCUUCUGUGUGGUGGAGCUCAGCAACGAUCGGUUACAGACGCACACUGUGUACAAAAACCUCAACCCAGAGUGGAACAAAGUCUUUACAUUCAAUGUGAAAGACAUCCACUCAGUCUUAGAGGUGACUGUCUACGACGAAGACAGAGACCGAAGUGCAGACUUCUUGGGCAAAGUCUCUAUACCAUUGUUAAACAUCCAAAAUGGAGAACGCAAAGCUUACGCCUUGAAAAGCAAGGAACUGACAGAGCCAACCAAAGGGGUCAUCUUUCUCGAAAUAGAUGUGAUUUAUAAUGUUGUGAAAGCCGGCCUGAGAACUUUGAUACCCAUCGAACAGAAAUACAUCGAAGAGGAGCCACGGGUGUCCAAACAGCUGCUGCUGCAGAACUUUAACAGAGUGAGGCGCUGUAUCCUGUUCCUCUUCAAUGUUGGCUGUUAUAUCAACAGCUGCUUUGAGUGGGAGUCUCCUCAGAGGAGCAUCUGUGCCAUUCUGUUUUUUGUUGUAGUCGUGUGGAAUUUUGAGCUCUAUAUGGUCCCGCUUGCUCUGCUGAUGCUGCUGGCCUGGAACUGCAUUCUCAUCGCUUCAGGGAAGGACACUAGACAGGGAGAGAUGCAAGCUGUGGAGGAUUUGCUGGAGGAUGAAGAGGAAGAUUUUGACAGAGAUGACAAGGACUCUGAGAGAAAAGGUUUCAUGAACAAGUUGUAUGCCAUUCAGGAUGUGUGUAUCAGCGUGCAGAAUGCUCUGGAUGAAGUGGCUUCCUAUGGUGAGAGGAUAAAGAACACUUUGAACUGGACCGUGCCUUUCCUGAGCUGGUUGGCCAUAGUUGCCCUGUGUGCGGCCACUCUUGUAAUAUACUUUAUUCCUCUCAGAUACAUCAUACUGGCUUGGGGAAUGAACAAGUUCACCAAAAAGCUACGAGACCCAUACAGCAUCGACAACAAUGAGUUGCUGGACUUCCUGUCACGAGUGCCCUCAGACGUUCAAGUGGUGCAGUACCAAGAACUGAAACUGGAUCCCACUUACAGCCCAAAUAAAAGAAAGAAAAAUAACCCAGGAUAGCUUCUUUCCUCCCAUGGGAAAGGUGCCUUUCUUCUCCCUAGACCAAGGAGAAGGAGAGGACUGAUGUUGACCAGCCUCAAAGUCUCUCUUUUUCUGUCUUUCUCCCACACUCUUUUUCUCUCUGUUUUAGCCGCAGUCUCUCCACAACAUUGCAAGUUUAAAGAGCGUGGUCAGAGUGAAAAGGGGGAUCAUUAUUAAUUACCAUCAUGACUGUUUCUCUGUCCAUUUUUUGGGGUUUAUUUUUUGCGGCGGCUAAAGCGGAAAAAUCUCUUGACCCCUUUUAGAGUCAAACAGUCUGGCUUAUUUGUCAAUGCUUGCCACAAGCUAGAGAGCUCGAAAAAGCCAAGGUGUCCUUCUACGGCAGCAAAAGGAGCCAUGUUAGCCAUAAAUAGCAGGAUCAGCUGAUAAUAUACCCACCUGCAUCUCUACAGAAGGGAAAACUAUGGUGGUUAAAUCACAGUUUGCACCCUGUAAUUUGAGUGCCACAGUAACUGCCAUAUCUAAAGCUAUCCACAGCUGUCGAGCAGCAGUUAUCAGAGUUGAUAGCUAAGCCUAUAACAGUCCGAUUUAUGGCUGUAACUAAAGUGUUUGUGAAAACAACUCGAUAGCCCUGUGCGCACAGGGCUUUUCACUAUCUUUACAUUGUUUAUUUUAGCAGUAUGAAUGAUGCAUGCUGAGAUUAUUAAUUGUAACUUACUUUGACCAAUAGUAGCCUACCCACGUCAGUGCUGUUGUCAUAGUGUGGAUUGACGUACUUCAGAGAAUGUUUACAUGCUAUUUACACCUCACGUCAUUCACUGCUUUGCUCUCACCCAACAAGGUAACGUGAAGCUGUUCCGUUGCAUUUAAAUUCAUAUCCAAGGCAGUUGCUCAAAUUGGGAAUUGAACCCCGAAAGUAUGCGACCUGUAUGCUCAUGGGCACAAAAUUAUUUAUUUUUUUAAAGUUAAUCACCUGAGCUGGAAAUGCCAUGUGACUAAUCACUUUGAAGCUGCAGGAUAAUCAUGCCAUGGAAUAAACAUCUACUACACUGCUCUACAAAGACAAAACCACUGCUGGCUGGUGCUUUUCAAAAUUGGGGACUAUUGUUUUUGGUGUAUGCAAUUAGUCCCAAAAGCAUCUCAAACUACUUCUCAAGCAGUGACUGAACAAAAAUAAUUAACUAAGCUCUACAUUUGUUUUUUGUUUUUUUGCAUCAAAAUAGGCAAAAUGUCUGAUUAUGAAAGCUGAAAUUAAUGCGUUAAGUCAGAUUGCAAAUACCUAUCUCAGAGCCAGCUAACAAUUAUCAAUUGACAGCAGUAAUUUAACAUGCUGCUAGUCAUGUUCAAUUAUUGGCUGUUUGUUGUGAAGUCCCACCCAAUCAUGAUAUAGAGAGGCCAGACUUCCUGGUGGGACAAAAUUAUAUCGAUGGAAAGCCAAUAGGCAAUCAGAUGGAGAUCCAAUGCAAAAAGCUCUCCCAUAGAUUCCCAGAGAAGCAUGGCAUGCUGUUGCAAACUAAAAUGACAUAUGUAGAGCCUCUAAUCCAAUUAAAAUUGAUCUUUUGAAAACAGAAUGGUACAGGUAUCUGCCAUAGGCUCUAUGGGCCAUGCAUCUACUGUCUUAUGUGGACAUGUAGAAAAAAGCAGACUGACCAACCUAAAUGAGCAACAGUGAUGUGUGAUAUUUUACACUUUUAUUUGCUAAAAUAUUUAAAUGCACAUUAAAUAGUUACAUUUAAUUUCCUUAGAUUAUUUGUACAUAAUAUUACACGCAUCAUCACCACAUUUCUUAUACAAUUUUAGGGGAAGUCAUGCUUCCCAUGCUGAAAGCAAUCUCCACUAACACUGAAACUAAGAAAAACGGUAUCGAAGUUAUUUAGGUUUUAGUGUUGUCUUUGUAGUCAUUGCAGUUUUAACAAUCUGUUUUCUCUGAAUCUGAGCCAAGCCCACAGGACAGAUAAUAGAUCAAGAGACUCGAUUUCAAACACAGCUCAGCUUUAACAAAAUGUUUAGUUACUGCAGUUACCCUUUGCAAUGUAGCUUGCCUAAAAUGUUAUUUAAUCAGAAUACACGGUUCCUUUUCAAAUGGCCCUGCUGUAGUGCACACAUAUUGCCACACAGUGCCACUCCACUAAUAAAGGCAUCAGUCCAGAGAAGCAGAAUGUCGAUUGAGAGGCAAGAGAGGCACAGUCUAAUUUGAAAGUGAGUUCCCUUGUCAUCUCGGCACGCACUGCUCCAUUGGGAUCGGCGACUCUGCCACUGUGCCCACGGCUAUCAGCCUCCCCGUCUGCCCCAUCUCCUGUGCCCACCCGCCUUUCAAACUUUGAUCUCUCUCUCUCUCAAGACUGCAUAACGGAGUGUGUGUGCUUGUUUUACAGAGGAAAAACACUCAGAUUCUGGCUAAAGUGUUUACCACAUCCUUCUUUAAAAUCCCGAACUUGAAGGGCAAAUGUCAGUUUGUGUUUUCAUUGCUGUGGAUUGGCUGCUUGACAAAAAGUCGAUAGCGUGUGACAAGCUGCUUUAGGGCCUUAGGGGGUACCAGAGGGCAGAGGUUUACUGCUGCUACCAUGGAGGCAAAAAACGAGGAUGCGGGCUGCUUUUUUGGAACUCCUCCUGUCAUUCCACUCUCUCUCCUUCUGUCAUUUCCUCUCCUUCAUCCAUCCACAUGAGAGGGAGGUCACGGAUCGGUCUGCGGGGGGCUCUUGAGGGACCUCAGUGCAGUGAACACUGAAAGAUCACAGCACAGGAUACAUCAGGGAGGACUUUGCCCCUGUCCCUCAGCCAUGAAGAAAAAACAGUCCUCCCUCCUGAGUUUUCAUUUGCCAUAUCACAUCUAUCAUAUGGAAAGACCAUUGAUUUGUCUGAGGGAAUUCCAUUACAAAGACAACAAAAUCCCUACUGAGUAGGACAUAGAUGGUACUUCUAUGACUCUCAGGGAAGAUUUGAAUAGCAGUAUGGAUAGUAUUCCAAGCCUGAGUGUGUUUGCAUGUACUGUACAUGCUGAUUUAAUUUGUUAGGUGGGUUUAUUGUGUGGUUUUUGCAUCCCAAAUGCUUUUUGUUUUGUAAAAGUGCAUAUGCUGUUUGCAAGCGAACCAAAGUGGAUCUUUUUGAAAAAAUAAAAUAAAAAAUAUAUUACAUAACUGAUAUAUACACUGGUGGCCAAAUGUUGGGAAUAAUGUACAGAUUUUGCUCUUAUGGAAAGAAAUUGGUACUUUUAUUCACCAAAGUGGCAUUCAACUGAUCACAAUGUAUAGUCAGGACAUUGAUACAAGAAAAAUUACUAUUACAAUUUGAAAUAAAUAAAAAAAUUGAACUUCUUAAACUACUUCCAAAUCAAAUCCCUUUAUUAUCACUCAACCAUAUACACAAGUGCAACAGUGAGUUAAAGUCUUGGGUGCAGCUCCAAGCAACAUAGCAGUAUGACUACUGCCUGCCUCAUGGUAGCAGUGAGAGCAGCCCAUGGCUCGGGUGGCUGGAUUCUCUGAUGAUCCUCCAAGCUUUUUUUCAUACACCGCCUGGUAUAGAUGUCCUGGAGGGAGGUAAACUUACAAGAACUCUUCAAAGAGUUCUCAUAAAAAAAUCCUCCAUGUGCAGCAAUGACAGCUUUGCAGAUCCUUGGCAUUCUAUCUGUCAGUUUGUCCAGAUACCCAGGUGACAUUUCACCCCACACUUCCUGUAGCACUUGACAUAGAUGUGGCUGUCUUGUCGGGCACAUCUAACGCACCUUACAGUCUAGCUGAUCCCACAAAACCUCAAUGGUUUUAAGAUCCAUAACACUCUUUUCCAAUUAUCUGUCCACUGUCUUUGUUUGUUUGCCCACUCUGACAUUUUCUUUUUGUUUUUCUGUUUCAAAAGUGGCUUUUUCUUUGAAAUUCUUACCAUAAGGCUUGCAUCCCUGAGUCUUCUCUUUACUGUUCUACAUUUACAUUUGGCAGAUGCUUUUAUCCAAAAGGACUUACAGUGUCCUUAUUACAGGGACAAUCCCCCUGGAGCAAACUGGAGUAAAGUGCCUUGCUCAAGGUCACAAUGGUGGUGACUGUGGGGUCUCCACCACGUUGUACAUGAAACUGGUGUUGAGCGGGUAGAAUUCAAUGAAGCUGUCAGCUGAGGACAUGUGAGGUGUCUAUUUCUCAAACUAGAGGCUCUGAUGUACUUAUCCUCUUGUUUAGUUGUACAUCUGUCCUUCCACAUCUCUUUCUGUCCUUGUUAGAGCCAGUUGUCCUUUGUCUUUGAAGACUGUAGUGUACACCUUUGAAUGAAAUCUUCAGUUUUUUUGACAAUUUCAAGCAUUGUAUAUAUAGCCUUCAUUCCUCAAAACAAUGAUUGACUGACAUGUUUCUAAAGAUUGCCAUUUUUUACCUAAUAUUGACCUUAAGACAUGCCAGUCUAUUGCACACUGUGGCAACUCAAAAACAAACACAAAGACAAUGUUAAGCUUCAUUUAACAAACAAAAUAGCUUUCAACUGUGUUUGAUAUAAUGGCAAGUGAUUUUCUAGCACAAAAUUAUCAAUUUAGCAUGAUUACUCAAGUAUAAGGUGUUGGAGUGAUGGAUGCUGUCUAGAUUUGAUAAAAAAUAUUUUUUUCAAAUAGGUGCUGUUUUUUACGUCAGUAAUGUCCUGAUUAUACUUUGUGAUCAGUUGAAUGCCACUUUGGUGAAUUAAAGGACCAAUUUCCUUCCUAAACAGCAAAAUAUGUACAUUAUUCCAAACUUUUGGCCGCUUGUGUAUGUGUGUGUGUGUGUGUGUGUGUAUAUAAAUAUAUCUACUGAAGAGAGAAAACAAUGUAGAAUGUAAUGUAUCCAUUCAUUGAAAAAUAGAUAAAAUGCACCUUCAUUUGUACCAGAUUUUUAAAUUAUUUAUGGCAUUUUGUAUAUAUAUUCUUAUGUAAAAAAAUGGAAAUAUAGAACAUAGCUAUAUGAAAGUAUGUAUGCUCAAAUGUUUAUGACAUUGUAACAUGUAUGUGUGCCAUUUUAGAGAUGUUUAAACCUGUUGCCUGUGAUGUCAUAUUGCUCCUUGUGGUUGGCUGAAACACAGUCGACAUAAUUGUGUCAAAAUAUACACUAAAAUGUGUAUUUAGCACUGUAAAUUAUAAUUUAUGAUUAAUGUCUAUUACUUUGAAAAGCAAAAGACUAGUUUUUUAAUCUGCCUGCUUUCGUUAUAUAAAAAAUACUUUUCUCAAAGCAUGUAAACACAAGAUUGAGGUGUUAUUUGCAUCUAUGAAUAAAAAAUAGCUUUCAA